GACGGCGAAAACGACGGCUUCCUGACCAACCUCCUCUCGGAAGUGCGGAGCGAAGCCGUGCAGGGGAGAGAACGCCAGUCCUUCCUCCUCUCCGGUUCCGUCGCCCAUGCCCCUUACUAGACAUCAGGGCAUCCCGGACAAGAGAAGUAUACUGGAAUCUAGAUCAUUCGCCCACCUGACGCCGCGCCGCGUGUGUAUAUAUAUAAGGCAGAGACACCCGUUCUCACCAGUGCUUUAUUCUUUGUGUGAAAGAACUUGAAGAAGGCGAGCGGGAGGGAAAACAUACGGCGUCGAAAUGAUCAAUUCCCAGGAGAGUGACAUGUUCACAAGAAUGUUUUUGUGGAUGACGUUUAUGAUGGUGGCGGGCGCGACGGGCUUCUCCAGCGUUGCCGGACCCCCCGUGCAAGAGGAUCUUCUGGCCGGUGGCGUCCAGCAGGCAAGUCCCGUCAUAUAACUUAAACAAAGGUUUGCGUCCGUCACAGCAUUUUCGCUUUUUUCCUCCAUGUAAAGACUGUAGAGACACUAUAGAAGAACUAACUGUCUUUGCAGGUCUCGGUGCUGAACGUUCGCUCGCUGCUGGACCUUCCUUUCUUCAACUCCCCAGAUUCCCAGGUAUUCCUGGUUCAUCCGCCGGGUUUCGCACCCCCGGCGCCGCCCUCGCAGGCCUCGAACCAGCACUCGUCGGCUUCCCCUUCCACCCACACUUCUUCGGCUCAGAUCACCCCGGCUGUGCUCGUGGCAUCUAAUGUGCCAUCACAUAUAUCCUCUGGGGCGCAGCCUCGUGUAUCCCCAGCAUUGUUGCCAAAUAUGUUAUCUGAUAUAUCAUCUAAUCCAAUAAUCGACGAGACAGUAAACCCUUCCAUUGCCCUACUAAAUCAACCUCGAGCACCUGUACCAAAUACUUUAACCCCUAUACCUGUCAUUCCCGAGACCCUGACCCACACAACCGUCCGGUCCUCAAUCGACACAUCUAUCUUGAGUUCGACCGCAGUCCGUGAACCUGCAGCUGCCGUUCCUCAGCCUUCAAUUCCCGUAUCCGAAUCUCCAGCCUCUCAGCCUCCGUCCACUACCCCUCAUGCCUCACCUGCCACGUCACAGUCCACAUUAGUAUCCUUCCCCUCACAAAUCGCAAACUCUAUUCCUCAGCAUCAGUCGUCGGCGUCCGACGCCUCUGUCUCCACGUCUUCUGACGUUCCACAAACUCCCCAAUUACCAGCAUCUGCUUCUGUACCCCCAUCUAUCCCAGAACAAAGCACAUCUGCUUCUCAUCAACAAAAUGAUGUCUUGCUUAACCCAUCUACCGAAGCCCAGCUAUCACUUCCAAGCAGCUCACCUCCCUCUCCUGCUGAUCCUCUCGCUCAAGAAAAGAACUUUAUUCACCAGCCUGUAAUACCUACUCCCCAACUUCUCUCUUCAACUUCCCUUCCCCCUUUGCCUUCUCAGUCAUCUCCUUUGCCAUCGUUGUCAGUAAAUGUUGCGUCAUCUUCUCAGGUUUCUCUGUCUCAGGAACUCGCCUCCACACCGGCCAGCUCUGCCCUUCCUGCUUCUCCAGCGGUCGCUAGUAACCGCAUCCUGCAAGUUGAUCAGGACCAGUCCGUUAACGCUUUGCCCUCGAGUACUUCGCCUCCGCCUUCCUUGGGACAUCUCGAGAUCGCACAGACUCGGUCCUCCUUUUCUCCCGCCAUUACUCAGCAGUCCCCGCCUGAGGACACGUUUCUUGAUUCUCCUCCUGUGACAUCCGCGGCUCCGCCUGUCUCCACAGCUACUGGUUCACCGAGACCAAAGAAUCUAGAUAACGAGGUAUCCACGAUGCCCGAAGGAUUAGCUGCAAGACAUCAAGUGCGCCUGAUCAUGCCAGGGGCUGAGGAGGUCACUGCGCGUCGUUUGGCAACACAAGCUCGCCGCGCCUCGAUGCAACAGUCAACCAGUGUGGAAACCACGUCCGCGACUUCCUCUACCGUCGCGCAGAAAACAACACCAAUAACAUUCCUCUCGUCCACUACUCCAGGAACGACCCCGCCAUCUAGUACUACAUCAGUUACCACGUCACCUGCGUUGGCACCCACAACGCCACCUUCUGUAGCCACUACACCAUCAACGGUAAUCACACCACAGGCUCUUCCUGAUACUCCCCAGCAAGAGACCGCACCGCCGAGCGCGGGCAGAAUUACUUCCCUAGACCCUCUGACGUCACUUUUCCUCAGCGUAUCCAGAUCAGCUGUGCAAAAUGUUGAAUCUGCUGCUUUCUCCCACUUCCACGGCCAACGCCCUGCCGCCGCACCCGUGACGGAAGGCACGCCCGAAGUCCCUUAGGAAGGUAAUACAUUGCAUUUACGUCAGCCUUUGUGUGAUACGGGGCAUUUGUGAUAUGAUAGCAUGCAUGGCAAAGGCGGCUUGAUGCGAGUAUAUGUAUACAUCAGUUACAUGGCCAUAUUUUCUGCAACAAAUAAGCUACAUUUUUAGCAGGUCUUGAUCCGCGUCCACACGAGCGACCACAGACCGUUCGGAAAGCACCCUCACUUGAUAGUGAAUGCUAGAAAGCUUGAUGUUUGACUCAAGCUGCAAAGGAAAAAGACAAGUGGCUACAUCAUUUUGCACAAGGUUACCGUGACAGUUCUAUAAGACUAGAUUCCUUUUCAGGCAGGAACACCACUGAUACUUCUUGGUAUUUCACCCGAAGUGAAAUUUUCUGUUUAUUUAUUUAUUAUAACAGACUCAUUACUGCAAAAGGUUUCUGCUAGUGUGAAUGACUUGUCACCGAGAUGCCCGAUAUAUGGACACGAACUCAGGAAUGAUGCAAGCAACGUGCGAACAAAUUACAUUAAUUUUGAUGUACUGUACAUAACUUUGCAGCGCCUUCUUUCAGUUUAUCUGGAGACCAAAUUCAAGGUUUUGAUUAUGGAAAAAAAUCACUACUUGAACCCACAUUUUCACUGUAAAGAAUGCCCGGUAUUUACGAAAAAUACAAUUAAUUCCACGAAGAAGUGCCCUGGAUUUAUGUUAUUUCAUGAGUAGCAAUUCAUAUGGCAACUUUGUAAAAACAGAUACUUUAGGUAGAAUACAUAUAACUCAGUUAUUUAAUUAGUUUGUUAGUAUAAGGAAAGUAUUAUAGGGCAUAAUGCUCACUUCAUGAACAUUUCAUUAUAUUACAUAAAGGUCACAUUGCUUAUUCUUUGAAAAGAAGAAUGGUGAAUAACAAAAAUGCAAUGAUAUUUUCCUCAGAAGAAGUAUUGAAUCAAAAUGUCAAAGUGAAACAGAAUACUAAGUAUAACUGCAAGCAAGGUAAUGCAAUCAAGUCUUCAGAUAAUGAGUUUGACCUUUGUUUGCAUAAAGGAUUAUAAACGGUUUUAAAUAGUUACAAAUUCUCUGUUGGGUCUUUGAUAUUAUUCAUAUUUGCAGUGAUGUCAACAUUAGGAAAGAAAAUUAGUGGACUUUUAAUACUUUCACAUUCCUUUUUUACCAGUUUGAGAAGAUUAUAGAACUCAUUUUUUCACAUUAAUGAUAGUAAUUAUGUAAUGAUUUUUUGAAUUUUGAAUAUGCAGUACAACAAACUUUAGUUAUUAUUUCAUUUUUAUAUGUUGUAUGUUUAAGUUUUAGUCAGUUUUUUUGGUGCACUGGCUCUAGGUUACUACAAGUCAAAGAAUUUUCAUAUUAUAUGCAUAAUGUUUAAAUAAGAUUGUUAUCCUAUGCUUAUAUUUAGAAAAUGUAUAGACGUGCUGUCAUGUCCAACAGUUUUUUUCUUUUUUUCAUUAUAACAGGAGUUUUUCCCUUGACCUCUUAAUAUAUACCUUGGAAAAUAUCAGUAUUUCAAUAGCAAGUACAUACCAUAUCUACAUCUUCUUGGACUUUUCAUCUAAAUCUAAAUUUUUGCCAAAAUGAAAUGCAGUGUUUAUAAAUUUCUUGUAAUUUCGUCAAAGAUAAUUCAGUGAAGAAAGGUGCCCACUCGAUAUUUCCACUGAUAAUGUCUCAGCCCCUCAGUCUGAUUCAGUAAGUUUUCCACUGCCAUUUUUUGUCAAAGCAAGAACUUUUACAUCUUAGUCCAAAUUCAUACAAGUACAAAUGGCCCUGGAAGUGUAGGAUUAAUAGAAUAUUCUUAAUUAUACAUACUUUAUUACUGCAUGGACUAUGUACACUUAUGUAUCACGUAAAAUAAAGAGAUAGAGAUACAAGAUGUAAAAUAAACAUACAGCGUGAUAUUACAAACAGUUGUGGAAAUAAUGAACAAAAUGAUAUGCAGUCAGAUGAAAAUAUGUGACCAGAAAUCUUUCUUGCAAGGCAGUGUGGAAUAUGAAAAUCUAUAAAUAAAUUUCCUUGACUUCAAACCCAAAUAUAUACUAUUUUUGUCAGUACAGUCAGUAUGUAAUGUUACAA